CGCGAACGUGGUCACCACAUCAGCCAGCUCCUAGUUCCGAGUGUACCGACAAUCCCGAGUCCGAAUUUCGAGUCCGAACGAACAACGACCGACAUUUAACGAUUAACAUUAAGACCAACUGAAGUAGGGGAAAGUGCUUAGGAUUCCUUUUUUCCGAAUUCGCCCACAUACCGCCAGCAAAGAAGAACAACAAAACAAAAACCGAUAAGCGGAACUAAGUCGCGUGGAAGAUUUUAAAAAAUAUUCUUUUUAUCAACAAUAUUUUUUGAAAAACUUCCAAAGACCCAAAGACAUUCGAAGCAGUAGCCGACAACAGAGAAGCUUCGAGGCAAACAAAGGCCAGCCAACAAAGCAAGCGAAGUUCAACAUUUCCCAAGAAGCAACUCGCAACUCUGCAGGAAGAAGCAGUCCAAAAAGGAAACAACCAAAAACAACCAUACAAAAUGGCUGCCCUACAACGGAAGCUGGUGCACAAGCAGUUCAACUCGCCCAUGGGCCUCUAUUCCCAGGAGAACGUGAAGGCCACAUUGAACCGCGAGCUGAAAGCCUUCGGCGGCGAGGGGAUUGAAGUCGACGAUCAAAUAACGAAGCCCCUGAACUUGGCCAACUCGGCCGUUCUGCGCGCCGUCGAAGAGGAAGAACAACAAGCCAAAUGUGGGGACUUCCCCCACAAAGAUUUUUACCCCACUGAAAGGCAGAGUCGCCCGCGUCAACGAGGCGAGGUGGAUGCACUGCAUCACACGCUGCACCAGCAGCUUCUGAACCAGAUCAAAACAGACUAUCUCAGUCAUCAGCAGGACAUCACUAUCGAUCGGGACACGGUGCUGAAAAUCAACCGUCUGGCCACCAAGAGGCAUCUGCUCAAACGGGAUCACAGCUGGCCUCCAGCUGAGCAGGAUCAACCAACUAUCAAUCCCGAACAGAGCCAUCAGAUCUCCUGCAGCCCAUCGCACAGUAUUGAGGCUCUGAGGGAGAAGUUCCAGAGUCCCACCCUGGUUAUCGAACCCACUGCCAAUGAAGUGAGAGAGCAGCGACGACGCGAUGGUGGCUCCAAAGAGAGAUCAAAAACGCUCCAAAAGCACACCAAAGAACCUGACCUGGCGGAAGUUUUCCAUCAAACUCCCAUAUCCAAGGGAUUCUCCGCUCCAGAGACCAAGGCAGCCGAUGUGGAUUUGGGUUUGGUGGCUCCGCGAUGUGAGUACUACGAGCAAUUGGCCCACAAAAGGUCCGCCACACCAACUCUGCCCACUCAAAUCACUCCAUAUAGGCCAAGAUACAAGAGACAGGCUCAUUCCCUGGAUCGUAGCCGCUCCCGGAAACGUACAGUGGGUGCUCCGGAAUUGCCGCCACCUAAGCCGAGAACUUCAAAGCCAAAAGUCCAACGGCGGUGCAUAAAACUGGCCACUGAGGUAAAGAUCUCAUAUGGCCACGACGGCGACAGCGAGGAUGAUCCCAAUUCUGGUCAAGAUGUGGAUUUGGAGACCUUGCCGCUGCCACCGACACCGGUGUCGCCAGCUGCCGCAAAUCUCAAUCAAGCGAAGACAGCAGGGCGAAUGGUAAUUGACAACGUGGCAGUUAAACAGCAGCAGCAGAUGGCUUUGGCUUUGGCCACAAAUGGGAGCAUCAGUCCGGUGAAUCCGAGUCCAAGUCCGUUGGCCAACACUCGCAUUGUGCCCAUUCGCGUGGAGGCAUCGGCGGACCAGCUCAAGCUGAGUGCCCAGCAGAUCUACGACGACGCCUGUUCGUAUCUGCAGGAUCACCAGGAGAUGGAGGACAUCCAGCCGCGAACCGAGAGUCCCACCUAUGUGAGUGCCACCGGUGGGAUUAAGUUGCUCCAACGGCAGUCGAGCAGUACGCCAAGCACUCCAGUUCCACCACCCUUGCCAUCGCCGAUAAUGCGUUCCAAGUCUGGUCAGGAUUCGCAGGCUAAGGAAAAUCAGACGAAAAGACAGGGACGCAUCUACAGUCUGGAGACCGCAACGGAGAAGCAGCAUGAGGCACAUGUUGAAAUCGCCCAGUUGGAGGCUAAGUAUGCCCACAUCCAGCAAUCCAUAGCUGAGCACUUGCUCCAGAUCGAUGCCUAUAUGGAGAAUGCCAAGCAGGCGCUGCAAAGGAGCGCUCAGACCACACCAGUAUCAACUCCGGUACCAAUACCACCAACAGCAACAGCAACUCCACCGCCACCUCCUCCGCCACCACCAACAGCCCUACCCGCCAGACCAAUCAGUUCGGCGUCCAACGAAGCGUGGGACAUCUUCGCCCAUCGCCAGUCACCCAUUUUGGCCGUGGAAAGCCCAUUGCAGGCAAUACUCCGACAGAUUUACACCCGGGCAGCUGGAUUACCAAAAAGGCUUUCCAAAGAGAUUAAGGAGGAUGCCGACGCCGAGGCGGAGGAGGAAUCUCUUACCGAAAACGUGCCCAUCGUGGAGCGGGCACUGGAGGAUCUGCACAAGAUUGCGGUGGCACUGGAGCAAAAAUCGGAGCCCGCGAAACUCAUGCACGUAGAACUCCGGACAACGCCAGCUGUCUCUGAAGCGGAGCACGUAGUCAUCAAGGACGAGGAACAGGACGCGGACAUGGAGUACAGACACGUAUCGGAUGUAAUUGCCAACUAUGAGCAAUUGGCCAAAAAGGAGUUCGAGGAGUGGAAGGAGGAGCAGGUGGUAAAUAGCGAGGAGAUGCUGCCCAAAACAGAGUUGAGAAAAGCUAUAGAGGAGCAGCUGGCCAAAAAAGGAUUAAGGGGAGGUAAAAAGGUACUUGAAGGAGAGGAAAAACCCGUGACCAAACUGGAUGUUGAAAAGGAUGUGAAAAAGGAUGCAAAGGCGGUAGCAGCAUCCAAAGAGGAGUUGGUGGAAGACAAAUCAGCUAUCCAAAAAGAGAGUAAAAAAGAUUUGGGUACUAGUGAAGCCCCAGCAGAUCUUACAAAGGAUGCGGAUGCGGUGGAGGAAACGGAGAGAUCCUGCGGCCAUGGCGAUUCCUCAGUCUACUGCCCAGUUUGUGAUGAAAUGCGCUGCUCACCAAACACCUGGGGCAAACUUAACAAAGCCGAUCAGUGGCGGAUUGCCAAUCUGCACAACGAACCCUUGAAGAACUACAAAGCCACCUAUGAGAUACGGAGUCCGUAUAUCUCGCGGCAAAUCUCCUGGGAGGAUAUGCAGUCGGCCAAGGAGAAUGUGCCACCGGAGAAACUGCAACGACAACGAAGUUUUGUGGAAAUUGUGACCACACCAGCGACAGAAUCUCCGCCUCCAUCGACGCCGCCGCCGCCGCCACCUCCUCCACCCAGACAGUUGGCACUUCAGAAACCGGAAACGGAAGUAACAUGGGAGCGUAGUCGUUCGCCCAGUCCGCUGCCAUCUCGCAAGUAUCCCGCUCCACUCAUAGAAGCUCCGCAGCGCUCCAGCUCACCCUAUGGCCUCAAUCCCGUCCAGACGAAAGCUCCACCAUCGCCGGUUAAUCUUCCGGCGAAAUUCACGCAUGUCCCCCAGCUCGAAGGUCACAAUAUUGGACUCCUGGUGAAAACGGCCACAGAGCCACUGCAGCAGAGCAUGUCGGCAUCCUCUACAAUGCUGGCUGCCACGCCCCCACGUUCUGCGGCACAGCCCACGCCCUUCGAAUUCCCCAGUCUCGAGCAGGCGGAGGAGCAGCACAAGUUCAAAUCCCUGGCCUCCUUCGACGAGGUGCAGCGAGAUUUCGGCGUUAACCGAUCAUUCGAUAAUGUAUCACCUCGUCCAUAUCUGGGUAUUGAAGGCUACAAGCGUGUGGCCUGGCCACCGGCCUCCGAGGAGCGGAUCAUCCGGGAGUUCACCCCCCAGCCGCAGACUCAGAGUCCGGCUCCCGGUGCCGGAGGCUACUAUCCGCAGGCCCACGCUCCCACAGCAGCAGCUGCCGCUCCACCUCAGCAGCAGUACGGUGCUCCGUCUUACGAUGGCCAGCAGCCUGGAGCACAGUGGCAACAGCAACAGCAGCAGCAGCAGGUUCCGCAGCAGCAGUAUCAGCCUCAAUCGCAGGCUCAGGCGCCCUAUCAGCCACCACAGUGGAACCAGCCGCAGCAGCAGCAGCAGCAGCCAUCGUACCAGGCUUCACCGUACCAACAGCAGCAACAGCAACAGCCAUCCUAUUACCCACAGCAAAAUGGUGGCUCGACCUAUGCUCAACCCCCAUACAAUUCUUAUUCGCAGCCCCAGUUGCCCUACUCGCAGGAUCAGACUGAUCUGCAGCAGCAGCAACAACAGCAGCAGCAGCAGUAUCCGGGAGCCUACGCUGGCCAGGAUAGCUACCGGGGCGCCAGUCCCGGCAUCAUCACCCUGCGCAAGGAGGCUCCAGUCAGCCAGAAGCCUGCACCAGUCUACACUUCGCAGCCAGCCGCCGUCAGUUAUCAGGGAGGCAGCAAAUUGCGCGGAGAUUUGAAAUGGCCACCACCGGAGUACAAGGAGGCCGCGGCUCGCGAGAACGAGGAACGACGCCAGUUGGCGUUGGGUCCCGUCUGCCGUCCCAGGAGAGUUAACCGGGACUACACACCCUUCUUUGCCAAGCACCAGUUGAACAAUGGCUAUCCCAGCUACAAGGUGCCUCCGGGCACCCAGCACAUUUUCGGCUAAGUUUGGGAAAGACUCUUUCAGAUGCCAAGAACAACAACAACAACAACAGCAUAAAAUUCAAUGGAACCCACUUCAUAAUAAUACUGAAAACGAUCAAUGUCUAUGUUACUAAAACGAAACACUAACGAAUCAAUCUAUCUAUAUAGGAUAUAUACAAUUGUUAUACUAAUCUUAAAUGACCACUAACGACGCCAUAUAUACUAUACAUAUAUUACGAAACGAACCCAUGUUAGGUGAAUGCAAUACUACAGCAGGUGUGACACCAACCGGUGAAUCAUCUUCAAUAUUAUCCGUAUAAAUAUAGAUGCUCGCUGAUUCCACGAUCAGAUUGCAUCCACUCGAGAUAAUACUAAUGAUGAUUCGUGGGCUUGGAACCCUGAUCCAAGCUGCCCAAACGGUGCAGCAAUGGAUAACGAAAAUCUCCAUGCACCCAUACUAUAUACACAUAUUUGGAGCAUGUGCAUAUAGUAUGGCUUAGAUUGGAGACCAGAACUAUAUGCUAUAUGCUAUAUAGUGCUAGAUGCUAAGAUGAUUGUUAAACUAUUAACUAGCAAAUGAAAUGGAAACGAUGCGACCCAAGACGGAAAAAUGAUAAUGAGAUUGAACCUUGUCUUAGAUGUAAGAGCAAUACUAAACUAUUUAUUGUGAGCAUAUUCUAUUUAACGCAGAUCCCGUGCAGCGAUGAGCUCAAGGAAUCCUCUGGGCGAACCACAAUCACCAAUUGUAAAUUGUUCCCCGAUAUCGUGGCACAUCCUUUGGAGCCGCUCGCACGGGUUUCUCAAUGUUUAUUGUUUGAGUUUGCAUGCUUUUUGCUUAUAUCUAUAUUAUAUGCACAUAUAUAUAUAUAUAUAUAUAUAUUUACCUUGAAAUUGUUAAACUGCAAAUUAUAAAAAACCGUCAAAUAUCCCGCUAUAAGUAAGUUAUACAAGAAACCAGGCGACCGCGCCGAAACAAAUCUGUGAGUUCGAAAUAUGUCAUUCAAGGAUAUUAAAUUCAACGCGCACGUUCGGAUUAUGCCACCCCUAUAAGGCCCCAUCAGUCCCCCUUCCAGCCGUCUGAGGUCGGCCCUUUAGUUCGCCCGCUGACCCCAGGCAAUAAUAUGAGGAUGCCUUUGCCUGCUGGACGAGCAGCCGCGGACUCAGGGCCCAGAUCUUGGCGUAUGGAUGGGGGAUGAGGCCGGGGCGAGAUCGAGGACGGGCCAACACAACUCUCAGACUUUACCAAUUACUAUGACCAGCAAUGUCUAUACGCAACUACACUACGAUGUAUAACUAAUAUGAAAUGAGAAACUAAAUAAACGGCAAGUUUUGAAUACUCGCGACGAGAAG